ACUGAAGAACUGAACAAUACAAUAGAGAAUAUCCUGACACGGGUCGUGGCUGAAGUAACAAGUAUCUUAUACCCAGCAGUAACUGAGUAUGAAGAGAGAAUUAAAGAUACAGUAUAUACAAUAUCUGAAGAGUCAGCACUCUCUUCAGACAACUCUAGUAGCUGUAGCACAUGUAAUGGAGAGCUCUUUGAUGUGUUUGCAAGUCUUCCAUCCUCCAGUACCAGAAAGGUCAUCUUUACAGAUACAAGCAUAAAAGCCACCAGCUCACCAAGUGAUCUCAAGAUAGUGACAGGAGGGAAACCAACUCCAUUGCAAUCUCAAAAAUCAUCUUUCACGUCUCUGUCAAAGAGCACACAGAGGUCUCUGGAAAGUGAAUUUUGGAAAGAAUGUGUUCACAAGGGGAAAACAGCAACACCACCUCAGUAUCAUACUGAAUGUAUUUCGAGAUUGCGCCGGGAAGUUGUGGGCAUGGGAGCUAUGUCUGAGUUUCCCACAAAGACUUUCAACACAGAGAAGUUUCCUUUUAGCCAAACUUAUUUUAAACGUGAAUCGGCAACAAAAGAUACCAAGCCAAAAAAAGGUCUGAUUGGUGAGGAUAUUUUUUCAGACUUAAAUCAAGAUCUUCCUAAAGGAGGUAUUUUUAAAAAAGUGUUUGACAAGCAAACAGUAUCAGACGCAAAUAACAAUGACAACUUGAAAAUGCUACAGGUGGCCGAGAAUGUGGUCAAGGAAGUUUUUAGGAGAGUAAAAGAUCUAAGUGAUUCUGUCAGCAUUUUAAAGAACGCUCCCAUUGAGCUUAGUGAAAGGUUGUUCUGUAGUAGUUUUAAAAGAACUGAAUUUCCUGAGACUUUUCAUAAAGAGUUCCAGAAAGAAAUUGGAUUAGUUGCUAAAGAGAUUGUAGCAACUGUUUUGGAUAACUUUCACAAGUGUUUGGUGUCUAGCAUCACUAUGGCAUCAGACCAAGAACCUGUAAUAAGAAGGAAAGACCAGGUCCCUGGCAGAAGAACUAGCAGAGUUUCCAAAUCAAAAAAAAAUAAGAUCAUGCAAGCUGAAUUGCCUGCUUAUGACCCAACAUUUUCUUCAUUUACUAUUGAUAAAAUAUCCAAAGAGGCUGUGGAAAGUGUUGUAUUCACACUAGAGUCAUUUGUAGCCUUUCAGUUUAAACAUGACUUUAAAUGUAAAUUUUCUGAAAUAGUGAAACUCCCUGUUGAAAAUAUUUCUAGUGAACAACAGACACCAUGCUUAAGGCCUCUCUCAACCCAGAUAGCAAAUGAAAUAGAAGUAUCAUCUAAAGCAUUUGAAGAUGAAAUGCCAGGAACUACAAGUAAAAGAACGCUGCCAACUUUAGAACAAUUCCAGAGUUCAUCGGAUGUAUCAAGGGUAAGCAGUAUGAUUACAAAGGAAAGCAUAGAAAGUGCUAUUGUCCAAGUGCAAGGUCUCCAUUCAGAAUUGAACAUUUACGCUACAAUUGCUGUUAAUGAUGUUCUUGAAAUCUUCAAGCGGAAGCUAGAAAAAGAAAUUAGCCAAAGGCAAACAAUCCCAUUGUAUGAUGACUCCGAAGAAAACAUUAUGGCAGGCGAGAUAAUUGGUGCUGUAUUAGAUCGAUGUGCUCACCCUCAAACUGAAAUUACUUUGGAACUGAAAUCUGGGAAUCUUGAAAUGGAAAAGUCUGCACGAACAUUUGGAAAUAAUAAAAUUCAUGGUCAAGGUGUUGCAAUGUCAGAAGGAAUAAAACUGCCUGCUAGAAAAUUAAAAGAACUUGACCCAAGGGAAAAUUUUCCACCUAUCAAUGUUCCUGGAAUGGUGAUUUAUUCUGAGGAAGAAACAGAAAUGGAAGAGGAAAUUCCAUCUCGUCUCUGUCCAACAAUCCACAAAUUCUCAGAGCGGGAUGCUCACACGCCAUCAGAGGUGACCAAAAAGUCUAUGUACUACAUGUCAGCUCCCACAGCAAGACCUUCUAGACCGUCGCUGGGAACAAUAACUAAACAAAGAGCAGUUAGCUCCAGGAUGACUCUACCUCCUAUUGGUAAGCAGUUUCCAAGGAAACCCUUCUCUCCACUGGGCAUAAUGAAAUCUCCCAGAGAUGAGGCAAGGCAUAGGCAGGUGUAUGAAGAGCACUGCCGGUUCAUGUCAACACAUGAAACCAAGUAUCAGCUAUCACAAUCACAGGAUUGUGCAUUACCUGCAAUAGUAGUAGAAGAAAUAAUAAGUAAAUUGGUGUCUACAAUCUUAAACUCCGUUUGUAGCACAAGCCUGGAACACAAAAGAUGUUUAUCAAAAACUGAAGUGAAUGAGAUUACGGACACACUUAAACAGUCAGUAAAAAAAAGCAUGUCCAAAAAUAAAAUCAGUCUUGUAGGAGCUACAGAUGAAGACCAACAUUUAAAUCCAGAGUAUGAAGAUACUGUUAAUCAAGUGGUUCAAAGCAUUUACAAUAGUGUCUUGCAAGAAACUGGAUCUCAGCCAGCCCUUUAUCAAGAUGUCACAAGUUGCAGAACAAUUUUUCCUGAACGAACAGCCAGUAUAAUAAUAAAUGAAAUCUCCAGUGGUCAGCUAAUACAUUCUUUUAAUGAACAGUCACCAACUGAUAACUGCAGUACUAUAGAGGUUGACAGUACUGCUGACAAAGAUCUUUCAUCAGUCUCCAUUCAAAUAAAUAUUGAGGCAGGAAGUUCUGGAGAGUCAAUGAGGGAUGCAAAUGGGCACCUAGCAGAAACAUUGCUACAAGAAGAGCUACCAGUUGAAAUAAUCGCUCAUAUUGGAGAAAAACCAUUAGACAUAGAUCCAAAUGUUAUUUCAGACCAUUUAGCAGUUAUUUCCAUAAAAACAGAGCCUAUUGAGAAACUGAAUGAAACAUACAUGAGUCAUUCUGGACUAGAGCUACCACAACUAAGAAAAAAAUCGAUAUCUAAGACAAGUAUGCUAAGUACAGCUACUGAAAGUGAUAUAGAGAAAAGGAGAGAAAGACGGUCCUCUGUGAAUGCUUUAGGACGACUAGAUGUCAAACCAAAGGAUGUCGUUUGCAGAAAUUCAUUUCAGAACCUGAAGAAACCUGAUGUCACCAGGGUGGAACUUCUAAAAGAUGUCAAGAGCAAGGAGGAACUUAUUUUACGACUCGUCUCAUAUGAUAUUCAACAUGAUGAGGACGAGGAUUUUGAACAAAUUGUAAAAGUAGAUUCCGCUUCGGUUUUUGAGAGCCAGAUAUAUGCAGCAGGGAAAGAGGAAAUCAUGCCUGCUUAUGAGAGUGCCCCUUUGGCUGAUAUGCAGAAUAAUUUAAUUGCUGCCCAGGCCCCUGAGAAAGAGGAUCAGUACAAGAUUAUGGAAGAAACAAUAUUAACUAACUUGGCAGGCCCUAAAUUGGACAUAGAUUUGUCUGCUCUAAGCAAGGGCAUUCCAUGUUUAAGUGAGAGUGUUGAAGAAACAUCGCCAGUUCCUGAGACCCAGGACAAAGAUCCAUAUGUUAACACGCCCCAUGCUCAGGAUACUGAAGACACAUUAAGGACUUCUGAGUUUGCCUUACCCUACGAAGACGCUGGAAAUAAAGGCUGCUCAUUACAAGAGAAAACAGGAGAUGCUGCUGUUUCAGAGUCCUCCACUCCCAGUUCAGGGGCUUCAGUGCCUGAGAAGGUGCCUGGUGUUCUGUCCACAGUUUUCUCACAAUCAUGCAGCAGCACAAGCGACAUUUCAUCACCAACCCCAGUGACCCCUUAGAAAAUUCAUACCAGAUGCAAAACUUGUAUGUCAAAGAGAAUAAAUCGCAUAUUCAACUAUUUGGG